CCGCCUCCAUUUUGUUCGCGGACGCUGGGGACGGUGGGAGCGGAUCCAUUUCCGGGUUGGUAAAAGGGGCGGCGGCGAGAAAGAGAGCUUGCGGCGGGGCGAACGGGCUGGACUAAACCAGGACCGAGGUGACGGAGGAUUCGCUCCCGGAGCAGCCCCCGCCAGGUGGGCAAGACGCCGAGGCGGCUGAGCCCGCCACUGAGGUAUAUGAAUGACCUAAAGCUGCAAAUAAAGACGGAGAGGGAACGGUGCCAACUGGUAGCAGGGCAAGAAUGCCAAUUCCUCCUCCCCCUCCACCCCCGCCUGGUCCUCCCCCACCUCCCACAUUUAAUCAGGCAAACACAGAACAGCCCAAACUCAGUAGAGAUGAGCAGCGGAAUCGAGGCGCCCUCUUACAGGACAUUUGCAAAGGGACCAAACUGAAGAAGGUGACCCACGUGAAUGACCGGAGUGCUCCUGCCAUCGAGAAGCCCAAAGGGAGCAGUGGUGGCUACGGGCCGGGAGCAGCUGCUUUGCAGCCCAAGGGAGGCCUCUUUCAAGGAGGAGUGCCGAAGCUCCGCCCUGUGGGAGCCAAGGAUGCUUCAGAGAUUCCAGCUGGUAAGCCAGCCAUGCAGGUCCCCAGUUCUCGAGCUGCUGCUCCAAGACCUCCGGGGUCUGCAGCCAGUGGGCGUCCUCACGAUGAUACCGAAAGCAGCCGAGCCUCCCUCCCAGAACUGCCCCGGAUGCAGAGACCCUCCUUACCGGACCUCUCUCGGCCCAACGCCACCAGUGGCACAGGAAUGAAGCACAGCUCCUCUGCACCUCCCCCACCACCUCCAGGGCGGCGUGCCAACGCACCCCCUACUCCUCUGCCUCUGCACAGCAACAAAGCCCAAGCCUACAACAGGGAGAAACCGUUGCCUCCAACACCUGGACAGAGGCUGCACCCUGGUCGAGAAGGACAUCCUACUCCACCCCCUGUAAAGCCACCUCCUUCCCCUGUGAACGUCAGAACAGGACCCAGUGGCCAGUCUCUGGCUCCUCCCCCACCGCCUUACCGUCAGCCUCCUGGGGUCCCCAAUGGGCCCUCAAGCCCCACCAAUGAGUCAGCCCCUGAGCUGCCACAGAGACACAAUUCUUUGCAUAGGAAAACACCAGGGCCUGUCCGAGGCCUUGCACCUCCUCCACCCGCCUCAGCCACCCCUUCUUUGUUGAGUAACAGGCCACCUCCCCCAGCCCGAGACCCUCCUAGCAGGGGAGCAGCUCCUCCACCCCCACCGCCCAUGAUCCGAAAUGGUGCCAGGGAUGCUCCCCCUCCCCCUCCCCCUUACCGGAUGCAUGGGUCAGAACCACCAAGCAGAGGAAAGCCCCCACCUCCACCCUCAAGGACACCAGCUGGGCCACCCCCUCCUCCACCACCACCCUUGCGGAAUGGCCAUAGAGACUCCAUCACCACUGUCCGCUCCUUCUUGGAUGAUUUUGAGUCUAAGUACUCCUUCCAUCCAGUGGAGGACUUCCCUGCUCCAGAAGAAUAUAAGCAUCUUCAAAGAGUGUACCCCAGCAAAACCAACCGAGCUGCCCGUGGAGCCCCACCUCUGCCGCCCAUUCUCAGGUGAAGCCUCGCAUGGUCCUGCUCCUCAGGAAAAGGAUGGACCUCCUCUUCUCAGAUGGUCCCCCAACCCCUAACACCUGCAUGAGAGCUCCUACAGUGUUUCUCCAGUGCAACCGACCCUAGACUCUGAGCAUCCUCCCAGCCCAGCGCCAUCUAUGCAUCUCCUCUCUGGACUUGGUGAUUGGACUCUUCCUAUUGGCAGUAGGGUCUCAUGCCCAGAUCCACCUUCUUCCAGCAAGCCCUGCCUGCCAGGGGAGGAGAAAGCUUCCAUGUCUCCCGCUUUCUUCCAGGGAAAGGUGCCUUGUUAUGGUGAAUGGACUCACAUUGGGCAGGGUAGAAAACGGAACCCCUGUCUCUGUCGUUCACUGAGGGCGAAGUGUGGUGUGUGCAUUAUAGUCCAUAUUUAGGAGGUUGGUGUGGCCAGGACUUCUGAGGAAAGGGGAUUCCGUGAUGCAGGAAGGGGAUUUGCAGAGAAGUGAUCUGUUUUAAAGGUCAGGUUACAGAAAGGACAAGGAAAUGCGUCUUCUUCAGUUUUAAGAGUGUCUUGGUUUUGUUCUCAUCCCUCUUCCCCUAUCCCAAGAGAUGAGUUGUACAUACACACUAACUACUAAUCAGUUAGCUAAAUAGUGAAAGGGCGUGAGGUAAAUGAGGAUCAUUUUAGAGCUAGUCAGCUCUUGCGCAGCUAAGGGCCAGGGCUGUCCAAGCUCUGGGGCCUCCUGCCCCUUCUCUAGGGUGCUAGGCUGAAGGGUGUCCUUUCCGAAUCCCUCAAGAGAAGAGUCACUUUUUAUUGAGGGCAUUGUCCAUUCCCAAGUCACAGACCCUACAGACUUCUUAUAAGACAUGAUAAGAUAGGGCCUUAACCACACCCUCCUGAUUGCUUCAGUUUUUUCUGAGUAACCCUGUAGUGGUCAGCAGCCUGAGUCCUUCAGCCCCUGGGGAAUGCUCCAGGGGGACUAAGAAGGAAGUCAGGAAGCAUUCACUUCACAGGAGUGUCUGGCUCUUCAGGGCCAGUGAGGUCUUGACAGCCUGCUCAUACUGAGAAUCUCAUACCCAUCUGACAGCAACAAGCUCUUCCUGUUUCCUCUGCCACCGUACCUUCCUGAGACUGCAGGGUUUAAGGCCACAGAAUAGAAAAGGGAACUUCAGGGGGAUAUGCAAAGUCCUCUAAACCAAGAAACACAAAGACUUAGGGAGGCACGCCACCAUCCAGGAGGCAAGUCUUCCCUGGCGGCCAGCAGUUCAUUGUUUCUUUGUCUUCCAGGUUGUAGGUAAACAGCACAGGAAGUGGAUGUCCCAACUGAGGUUGUUGGUCUGUUGGCCAGGGAGUGUCUCUUCUCCAACAGCAAUGUGAGGCACUUGAACUCUAUACCCAAAGAAGUUGGUUUCCUAUGGUCCUUGAUCUGGCCACAAGCUGCUCAAAUCUUGCAUGACAGUAGGGAGACGGGACUGUUCUAUGAAUUGGGUAGGGGAAGCUAGUGAAGAACUUCCAUAUACACCACAGGGUUAAACUGUCAUAAGAACUGACCGACCUUCCUUCCUUCCUUCCUUCCUUUCUUUUUUCCUUUCUUAUUUUUAUUCUUACUCUUUUUUUCCCCUGAGACAGGGUUUCUCUGUGCAUUCCUGGCUGUC